AUGGAAGCUCUAUUGAGGUUCUCAUCUAGGAAGGAUGCAGACGUUCUGAGAGAUGAUCUCAGAAUUCUUGGUGGAUUUGAUAGGAUCAUUGAUGCCACCUGCCUUUCAAUCGACGAAUUUGAUGGGUACUAUGAUCGGAAAAGAACUGAUGCGUACGAUGAUGAUGAUGGUGAUGAUGGUGGGGAGAAGGAUAAGAUAGCAGUGGAAGUUGAUGGUGGCCUAGACAUUUUCAACAUGAAGUUAAUGAACAAAAUUGAAAAUUUCUUUCAAGUACUUGCUAAUGUAACCAAUUUGAAUGAAGCAAAUCAGACUCAUCUAAUAAUGCACAAAUGUCUUAAGAGGUGCGUGCAAUAUUUGAAGAAAGCCAAAUUCGUGGAAGUUAAUGGAAAGCUGGAUAAGGAAUGUUCUGGAUACAUUGUGUACAAUCUCAUCAUCUCCCUUCUAAACGUAUUCAUCAACAUCACACACGAUAAUACAUGUGGCAGUACAAAGGCUGGGUCUUCAAUCCAAUUGGUUGAAAAUUUGUUCACAUGUCUAUUGACAGCCAAUCAAAAUUUGCCUGCCUGUUGUCAGUUUGACCUGAUAGUUCUGUGUUUGGGUCUGCUGAUAAACUUGGUGGAGCACUGUAGGAGCAAUUUGAGGAUCUUGCUGGAUAUUCAUCUACCACAUUCCUCCUCUCCGGAAAGUUCGUCAUUGAGAGCUCUAGGAAAUUUUUUCACCUACCAUUACGAAUCUGCACGGCAAUUUGAAGAGGAGCACGACGCUGAGUUGGAGAAAGAACAGCAGCUACAACAGCAGCAACAACAACGACAGUUUUCAAUCGACAACAACAACAAAAACACAUUGGCGAACAACAAACUGGUCGACUGCAGUGGAGAGUGGGUGGAGUCAGAGAUGGGUGUGGAGUGGGUCAGUCAUCACCUCAACACUAACAGCAAUAAUAACAGUUAUGAUGAUGAUGAAGAUAAUAAAAAUAAAAGCAACAACAACAACAAAAUAGCUCUUGUUAAUAAUCACGCUAAGAGGGGCAGGCAGAUUGCAGAUGGUCAAAAUCAUAGACUCAAUUCCCUCUUCAGUCAGGACAAUGAUUCCAUAAACAAAGCACUAAACAAGGCAGGCAAGCACAUGGAAGACAGUGUGGUGGCUGCCUACGUGGCACUCCUCAUUGGUUGCAUUGUACAGCACGACCUGGACCUCGCAGAACAAGUUAGGGACACCCUGCCUGAUUACAGCUUUGAAUCACUGUCAAGAAUGUUGAGGAAGUUUUAUAACUUCAUGAAUCUUACCCAAGGGAUGCGACCAUCUUGCGACAAAUCCAUACUUCAAGUUCUGGAGGUUCUUGAUUCAUGUUAAAUACAAAUUUGUUGAUUUUAUUAUUGAUUUUUUUUCGCAGUUCUUAAAAACUUUGUUAAACAAUUGAUGUGUGUGUGUAAUGAAUGGUAGCAUGUGUGUGUUGUACAAUACUGUAUUAAUGUUAUACCAUUUAAUUUAUAUGCAUGCAUAUAAAUGAUUAAUUUAUCAUUCUAAUCAAUUUGGUUUUUAUGAUCUAUGUACAUUUAUGUAUAUAUUUUAGUAAAUUUGAUUUUAUUGUUUUGUCUUAUCAUCUUUACAGAUAGUGUUUAAUUUAGUUUUUUAAGCAUAAAAUUUAGACAAUUUUUUGUUGCGACUCUAUUAAUAUUUGUGUAAGUAAGUGAGAACAGUACAUAUGAACUUAAUGAAGCCUUGAUUUUUUAAAUGUUUCAUAUUUUAACCGACAUGUUGUAAUUUUAUCAUCUAUCGGUCAUAACAUAUUUUUGAAUGCUGUCAUUAUAUUCAUAUGAAUUUUUGAAAAUUUUAAUUUCUUGCUUGUAUUUUGUAAAAAAAA